AUGGCUCCUAACAUAGCCAAAUAUACGCUCGUACUUAUUCAUGAUAUGAUUACCAGUGAAGAACUGACCGCUUCCCAGAUGGCUGAUGCUGCUGACUGCAGCAAGCGCGCCAUCAUCAGGAUCCAAAGUGGCCAUAUCCGAUUCCUGGAGCUUCACCCAGUUCUCCAGAUCCUGGUCAGACACUGGCGCUCUCAGAUCAUCUGCGCUUCACCGAAUCUGGUUUGUCUUCUGUUCUUGCUACUUUCCCGAUAUUUCGGGUUAUGGGGAGACCGGGACCACUUGAAAUUGAAAACAUUAUUCGUCAAGAAGGUGCGGUUGGAUUUAAUUAUCUCAUGGUCACCAGAUGCAUAA